AUGGAAUCCUCUCACCACCAAUCAUUCACCAUGAAUCAUCACAACUCGAGAUAUCACAACUCCUAUGAAACAUCAGCAUCAGUGCCAUCAGCACCAUCAGCACCAUCAGCACCGUCAGCACCAUCAGCGUUACUACCCACGACCACUUCCUCAAUCUCCCUAUCUUCGGAACCAAUAUCUACUACUGUAGAACAACCCUGCUAUUCCUCAGGAGAUAUCCUCGCGGACUCUUACAUGCCACUAUCCACGUCCACCAGUUCCAAGACUCGCAAAAAGAGUCGUUAUUUCCGCACCAAGCCACAACAUCAAGACCAACCACAACAGCCACAACAACCACAACUAUAUCCAACACCACAGGAUCAUCGAUUGGAAGCAGCGGAAAACAACAACAACAACAACAACAACAACAGCAACCUUGGCAAAAGUCAGGAACAACAACAACAACAACACUCUUCAAUAAUACCACCACCAUCAUUUGUCACGGUGGAUGAGUCCUCCCAUCGAUCCAUUCGAAGGAGGGGUGCCGCCGGGUAUUCAGAACUUCUUAAAUCAGCCUUCGAGGCAAGUAUGAACUUUGACAUCGACUUUGACGACGAUGAUGACGACGACGACGAUGCAGACGAUAAUUAUCGUAUUCAGCGUCGAAGACAGGAGGAUGAUGAUUAUUCGAGCAUUCGAUCCGAUUGUACCAGUCAAGAAGAGUACUUUGACCGCAAACGGAGGCGGAGUCUAUCAUCCAUCGCCAGCGGUUCCUCGUCGAAUGGAUUCCCGGCUAUGAGUAGCACAACUCAUCAUGCACCAAUUAUAAACAACAACACAUCAUAUCAUGGCAACAAGCGCCGAAGGACCAGCAUCUUUCUCGGAUCCAUGUUUCAGGGGAUGGAAUUGCAAACGCAAACGAACAGCAACAACACUACAUCGACGGCCACACCACCCAACAGCAACAGCAACUGUGCCGCCGUGCCAGUAAGCAUGGCUGCCACCAACAAGCCAUGA